AUGAACGUCGCAACAUCAGAAAACGAUACACGAGCUCAGCGAUCAUCAUCAUUCAAUGCCCUUGGCAAGCGGCCAGUCGAUGACCCACCACAUUCCGACAUCUCAAGAUUCGUAGAUCCCGACAACAACGACGGAAAAUAUGACGAAAACCGUGACGAAAACACCGACGAAUGUGCGCCAGAGGCCACUGAGAUGCAAUCUCUUUGCUAUGAUCCACUUCAAGGCCCUGACCUUCGACUAAUCACUAUCGAUCCUACGAUGCAGGACGGGAAGCUCAAACUUACUAUGGAGCAAGUGCCGCUUACUGAUGCGCUUGAUUUCCAUGUGCUUUCAUACGUCUGGGGCAAUUCUGCAGACAAGAAGACCAUUGUUGUGAACGGCCAACGAUUGGACGUAACGGAGAAUCUCCACGACUUCCUAGAGACGACGCGCAAAUACGAACCGAACUUCCUAUCGCACCACGAGAAUCUAGAUUACAAAACACUCUACAACACGGGACAUGCUCAAACAGUCGCCGGGUCGUCUAUAGGCAAAGUAACCGGCCCCGCUACCAUGCCUAUGCGAUUCUGGAUCGACGCUAUCUGCAUCAACCAGAGCGAUAUAAACGAGAGGAACGAACAGGUACCUCGGAUGGGCGAUAUAUAUUCGAUGGCAAGUCGAGUAUGGAUCUGGAUGGGGUUGCCGUCAAAAGUCCUCAACGAAGACUUUGAUCUAGAAGUACUGAGGCGAGGCUUGGACUACGGUGUACAGGAUUCCUUCAAACAUCCCCCUACAAACGAACUACGAGGUUAUUACCACGGCGAAGUCACUGCUGGCAAGAUAAGAACUACGGAGAGAGCUCCAGAUACGCCUCUGAUAGAGCAGCUCGCUGCGCAUCAGCGUCAAGUGGCCAUAGAAACGACGAUGGCUCGACUGCGAGCGAUAGGGUAUCCGUUUCAACCUGGCCCUAUGAAGAACAUGCUGUCCCAGGCGUAUACACAAAUCUCUCGUCAAAUUUCGUCACAAGACACACAUGCGCCUUUCAAUAGGUUUGUACGACAGGUAGCAAGUCUACUCAGUCAACCUUACCUCACAAGAGUUUGGAUCAUGCAGGAGUACGUUUUGAAUCCCAGAACACCAAUCGCACUUCUGGGGAACUUUGUGCUAGACUUGCAGCAUCUUAUUGGUACAGUGAUGCGUUUGACGCGAGAAACCCAUCUGAUGAACGAGCACUCGAAAGCCCUCGUCUUUGCCACAGUGGGCCAAGGGGGAAAUUUGAUCACUUUGCAUGAGAUUAGGAUGGAGUGGCACGAUUCUCCAUAUGUUGGCAACACCAAGGGGGGCUUGAAGCACCUAUCACCAGGCGAGCGACUGAACAGUCUUCUAAAACAACUGUCUAAUCGGCAGUGCACCAAUCCAGUAGACCUGUUCUACGGUCUCUUGGGUUUCUUAAGUCACCACGACCUGCCCAGAUCACUGCUCCCCGACUACAGCCUACCAUUUGAGCAAGUAGCCCAGGCAUACACCAAAUACAUCAUCGAGAGUACUGGUGAUCUGGAGGUCAUCGAAUCCAUGAGGGGUUACGACUCUACAGAUUGUCCUAGCUGGGUAGCCCACCCGACAAGUCUUACGGGUCAGCUCAGCACGUAUAUCACUGUUUCCAAAGGCAAUAGCCCCCACUCCUUUUCGGAAGAUGGACGUCGUCUUACCUUAGAGGGAACCUUUCUUGGAGGAAUUGUCAAGUGUAGCUGCACAGAUUGUCCAGGCGAAACUAUGGGCAAACACCUCAAGUACUUGGACAAGGAGUUAUUCGAAAAAGCGUCUCAAAUUACCGGCAAGUCCAAGAGCGAGGUCUUUAAGCUCUGGCUGAAUGAGCAAGUAGAUGUUCAAUUAGGCUUGUUUCCCUCCAAAUUCAAGACUUUUGACAGCAUGCAAGACCUUCUUCGAUGCUACCAUGAUGUCUGUGAAGAUAUCCCGCCGGAAGCCCUUGAUAGUCUCAACCGCAUGAGUAUUAAGCAAAAGCACAUCAUCUUCCAGACCCCCUGCCGCGACCCCAAGUUGCUGUACGCAAUUCUCCGCCUAGCGAAUUCGAGGUUCUGCCUUCUAUCCACAGGAGAAAUCUUGGUAUGCUUCUUGAAGGAGAGUAAUGUCAUGAGACGGGCACAUGGAAAGGACGACUGUGCGUGGGCAUUGGAAGGUUUGUGCAAGCCUGCUAUCCUACGGCCAAAAGGUGAAGCCUAUGAGUACUGUGGACCAAUGGUUUCAGUUUAUGCAACGAUGAAAGGUCUAAAGGAUACAAGGGAGGAGCAUGAUCUUUUUCUCGAUGAUGAGUUCUUUGCGGCGAGGAAAGUGUAG